AAGAGAGCAUAGAGUUUCGGUGAAGAUAGUAAUAAUUCGCGACGUAUUAUACUAUUAAGCGUAAGCUGGACACAUUGUCGUAAAUAUCUGCAACGGCGAACCCUCUCUUCUGAAUCGCUCCCCCUCCUUGGAUUCCUGACAAGGUCACAUCCAUGUAAUAGUAAAUAGGCAUGAAAUCGUUUCAACGCCACUUUAAGUACGCUUAAAAUGGACGAUUACAGUAAUACAAUCCAUUAUGCUAUAUAUAUAUAGACACUGGUAGAUUGUAUUGAAAGUACCCACCCAGAGUUUCUCGCAGUUUACAGUACGCAUUUAUAAUACGAGUGUACUUGGCUACUUAGGUACUUAGGUAGUACUCAAAAUAAUUAAAUAUCCAUGAUUAAUAGCCAUGAAUUCGAUUUAGCAUCUGUUUAUUCGGAUAUAUAUGCAUGUAAAUCUUUACAUUGUAUCCAAUGAACUCUCAAGAUCUCACGGGUUUCUGUACAUUUAUAAUAGAAAUGCAAAAGAAACAUUCGAAAAAAAUGUGAUACUUGAAUCAUAGUUUCGGGCCACGGUUAAUAGAUUUACGGGUUACUCGGGUACUGAGAUAAUGAUACAGAUACUCUCCGAGAUAUCUGACUUUAACCGACCUCGUCUGACAUCACUAAAUGCCACUCAACAACAAUGUAUUAUGCCAGACACGUUAUAGCCGAGUCACACAAGGGAUCCUUUCAGCGGCAAAACAUUACAACUUCUUUUUCUAGAAAAACACGUCGCGUAUGAAUUUCAUAAACAUAUUGAACUAGGAAACGACGUUGAACGAUUACAGCAAUAUUAUUCAUACGUUUUAUAUAGACAGACUAGGUUGUUUUGGAGAAACUCACUCCGGGUUUGUUACGGGUAAUAAACUCUGGGUAUGUGUAUCUAGGUAUAACUAGAUAGUAUCCGGAACGACACUUCAGUAAUAGAAAUGUGGAUUCCGUUAGCGGUUUGAUAUUUAUCUACCUAAGUAUAGAUAUAAAGAUAUACUUAAUGAUUCAUUUAAUCCCUACAGUUUAUCUACAUUUACAGUGGGAAAGGAAUGUAAAUAGAUAAUGUCCAAGAAAGUCAAGUAACAACCGUAUCACACUAAAAAUCUGUAGAACAAAGCGAUGUUCCGGGAAUCGAUUGUGCUUAUUUGGCAAUGGAUACAGAGGAAGGAGUCGAAGUGGUAUGGAAUGAGGUGCAAUUCUCGGAAAGAAAAAAUUUCAAAGCCCAGGAGGAAAAAAUACAGCUCGUUUUUGAAAACCUUACGCAGCUAGAGCAUCCUAACAUUGUUAAAUUUCAUAGGUAUUGGACAGAUACUCACAAUGACAAGCCCCGAGUUAUAUUUAUAACGGAAUAUAUGUCAUCCGGAUCCCUGAAACAGUUCCUAAAACGAACAAAGCGCAAUGUAAAAAAGUUGCCUCUACAAGCGUGGAAACGGUGGUGUACGCAAAUACUUUCUGCACUCAGUUAUCUGCAUUCCUGUUCACCUCCCAUUAUCCACGGGAAUCUUACCUGUGACACUAUAUUUAUUCAACAUAAUGGACUUGUAAAAAUUGGUUCAGUGGCACCGGAUGCGAUACAUCAUCAUGUCAAGACCUGCAGGGCAAACAUGAAGAAUAUGCAUUUUGUGGCCCCAGAAUAUGGAAAUUCUGUCACACCAGCCAUUGAUAUUUAUUCAUUCGGGAUGUGCGCUCUGGAAAUGGCCGCGCUGGAAAUUCAGGGAAACGGUGAUACGGGUACAAUUGUUACCGAAGAGAACAUCCGGAAGACAAUAGAAUCUUUAGACGAUGUUCAACAAAAAGACUUUAUUCGUAAAUGUCUUCAGGUGGACCCGCUUAGUAGACCGAGUGCGAGAGAGUUGCUGUUCCACCCGGUUCUGUUCGAAGUACACUCUCUUAAGCUGCUCGCAGCGCACGCCUUGGUCAAUUCAGCCACCAACAUUUCGGAAACAAUCACGGACGAAGUGUUGCAAAGGCUAUAUGGACCAGACACUGUAGUUGCCGAAAUAAAAUAUCAAGGAAUGCCCCCGCAGCAAAUUCGGUUAAGUGAUAUCCCCGUUACGGAAAAAUUAGAAAAAUUUGUUGAGGAUGUAAAAUAUGGAAUAUAUCCAUUGACUGCAUUUAUGGCGAAAUUACCGCCGCCCGUUCGACCAAGGGCGAUAUCGCCCGAGGUGACAGAAUCGGUUAAAUCGGUUACGCCUGAGCCCGUGGACGUGGAGUCUCGAAGAGUAGUUAAUAUGAUGUGUAAUGUUAAGCCUAGAGAAGAAAGUAGUGAAUUACUUAUGACAAUAUUGUUACGAAUGGAUGAUAAGAUGAAUAGACAGUUAACAUGUCCUGUGAGCCAAACGGAUACUUCGAUGCUUCUUGCACAGGAACUUGUACAUUUUGGUUUUAUUAACGAGAAUGAUCGUGAUAAAAUAGCCAAUUUAAUCGAAGAGGCAUUGAGGAGAUAUUUUAACAAGCAAAUGGUAACGCCGGGAAUGGUAUCGUUAACCAAUCUUCCUACUCAAACCACCCUAUUGCUGCCUGGUCCGGAAUUUCCAUGCUUGCAACACUUCGACAAUUCCGUGUGCAACGCCGCCGCAGCGUCCAAUAGUGAUAGUGCAACUAACCUGCUGCCAAAAACCUCAGGUAUACCCGUGUCAAGUAACAAAACGAGUAAGCUUCACGACGAGACAGAACCGCCGACGAUCACCGAAAGCGGCAGUUAACCAUCCAGGACGUCUGAUAACUCAGUUCACUGUGCCACUUUGCACGCUUUAUGUAUAGACUGGCUAUGUAUUUUUAUAUUUAAGUAAACAGAAGGGUGGAGAGAAGAGAAAGAGGAGAAGGAGAAUGGAAGUAAAGAUGGGAGGGUGCCGUGGCUACACCUCUAAGCUAUGACUGCAAAAAAAAUAUAAAAUUAGGAAUCGCUUAGCGUCUUUACUUUCGUUUCAGUUUGUCGGGGGUAACAGCUCUAUUGUCAAAUUACAUCGGUUUUAUGUAUUCUAGAGUUUUUUUACAUUAUAUAGGUAUGCGAAUAAAUUAAAAAUGUAUGAAUCUAAUGUAAAAAAGACCAAAUACUUGUGAUUGUACGAUUAAGAGAGCAGUUAGAAGUCCGCUGGUUGGUUCGUAUCGUAUACACGCAACUGUGUAUACGAUUUGAUAUUUAACUGUUGUAAUCUACUCAUCGGGAUGCAAUUAUGAGAGAGGAAGAGAGAGAGAGAGAGGAAAAGCUUACCACGUCGGUCGGUUGUAACUGUCUCGUAGAAUUGCGAAGGUUGGAAAAUUAAGAACCCUUUUCUCGGAACUGUAUAUCCUGCAUUUCAAAAUGAUGACUGUGUUUAUCGUGACAUUUAUUUCGCAUCUAUCAAUCGACAGAAAUCGACAUUUAAUCAUGCGUACAAAAUUAUCCUUUUGUACAGUCAACGAUAAAAUCGAUUAAUAUUAAAGAAAAUACCGAAUGGGAGCCUGAAUAUUCCUUCGGGAGAAUUUCGUUCUCUCACCGCUCUUGUCGUUCUCUCGCCAAAAUACUCAAUGUAUCGUAAAGUCUGCGUAAGAGUUGAGCGAAUGUGAACGUUCGCCGAGGGUAGAGAGAAGGUGACACUGGCGUACUCGUUCGUUUACUGUACUGUUUUCUUUUUAGUUCCAUAUAUAGAUCAGAUCGCGAUAUAAUACCGGCUCAAAUAGAUCUUCGGUGGUAACUCGGAUGAAGCCACGGCCCUACUAUACUUGGGUAUUAUUGAUGUGAUUAAACCAAGGUUAUUAAAUCUCGAUAAAAUUAGCUGAAAUCCUUGUAAAUACUUUAUAUUUUUAAGAAAAAUCUGUUGACACAGAAAACUAGUCAUAUAGGUAUAUUCGAGUGCUAACAGACUAACACAGAUCUUAUUACGUCUUUUGCAUUUAUAACACGUGCUUGGCCAAGAGAGAUACUGCUCCAAUUUCAUACCUCCGUCGAAUCGAUUUUCAGUGACGCAUUUCUCAUUAAGUAAACGACUAACCCUACUAGAGGUAACUACUACAAACAACAACAUAAACACUUCGAUCUUAAGUAUGUAAGUAGAUUAUCAAAACUGAAAUGAAUGUGUAUAGCUUUAUAAUACAAAUUAUAAUGACGGAAAAGCGCGCGACGACUGACUCGUGGAUAUUAUGAAAGGGCUGUACGAUGACAGUGAUAAAUAAAUACUUUAACUCGGAAA